AUGACAUUCUUUCUCUGGAUCCCAGCCUCUUUCGCCCGUUGGAUUCGGUUGAAAAUAUAUCAAUAUGAGGUGACUUUUGCUGUAUAUAUGCUCACCCCAACCGAAAAGUUCAUCUUUAAUUCCCUCCUUCUUACUCUGAUUUCAAUGAUCAUCACCGCGAUUUAUGUCUACCUCCCCGACCACAUCAGAUCCAUCUACGGCCACCUCUACUAUUACUGGGCUGGCGAACGUCCCUUCAUAUCCUCCGCCUUGCCCGCGAUCAGCUCGGUAUUCCGCGAGGCCGGCACUCAGACACUAGAGGUCAUGUACGAGACAGCAAAAAAUAAUGCUGCUGCUGCCACCGAUACAAUCCGCGAACUAUAA